AUGGACCGAUUUCAGCUCUAUUGCAACCUGUUCCGCGACCGGGACAAGAACGUGAGGAGAACAGCGCUGGAGAUAUCUCUGAACUCCGGUUUUUUCCAGCCCUUUUCACCGUGGGUGAAUGAGCAGCUUGCCUGCAUUCACGACUACUUUGAACGGGUGCUCUCGCGUAUACUGACUUGCAAUCAAGCCUUUGAUGAAGUUGCGAAGCAUGAUGCCAAAUGGGCCUCUGAACGGGUCGAUUGGCUGAGCCCGGCCAGAUCGAACAGCCACAAGCAAGGUUAUCUCUUCCUUGGAUUGGACUUUCUCUUUGAACUCGAUCACGCCAGAACCUACGAGGAGAAGCGCAGAAUACUUAUGACUUGCGGAGAAUCGCCACCACGUGCCAGGUACAUGCUAUCCUCAACGUUUUACUGCGGAUCAACAGCGUAUGAUUACGAAGGCUGGUGCUAUGACUGGGAGCGUUUGGAGGAACAUAUAAAGAGCGAUGAUCUCGACGACUAUCACCUCGGAGGCCACCUCUUUUGCAAACCGGACGAUGCCAGAUCAGGGCCUUUCCGCAUGUGGUACCAAGCACAUAAGAACCUCUGGAAAAAGGACGUCAUCAACCACGACGCGCACGCUUGGCUCAGGCGAUGUGGCUAUGUGCUCUGGGACCACCCCGAGACUCCACUCAGCGAUCAAGAGCUCAACGAGCGCUUCGACGAAGCUCGAGCUUACAGCCUCCUCGACAGUUUUCGGCGCAAGGACUCGGUGGCGAAGGCCAAGAUGAGAUCAUCCUGGCGGGAGAGAGCGGCGAUCUACAAACGGGGCGGACGCGGUUAUUGGGACGAAGGCGACCUGACCCGGAUCACUUGGACGGCGAAUUCUCCCCUUCCGGUUCGUUUAUCUGGCAAUAUCGAGCAUGUCGACCAGCGUGCAGACGUCCCCGUCGAUGCUGAAGACGGACUUGACCAAGUUGAGGGUGAGACGUCCGACCAGCAAGCAGACGUCCUUGUCCAGGCUCAUGACGGACUUGACCGGGAUGAGGGUGAGACCUCCGACCAACCGGCAGACGACCCCGUCCAGGCUCAAGACGGACUUGGUCGAGAUGAGGAUGAGACACGCGGCCAGUGGGCAGACGUCCCCCGCUCAUGCUCUAGAUAG